CAAGAUGGCUGCCACCAAAAAAUCAAAGCCCACCGCUUGAGGGCCAUGUGAUCUCUCUCUCUCUCUCUCUCUCUCUCUGACAGCUAGCACCCAGAGUAAAGAAGCAGCCGCCAGUGCAGAUGCUGGAUAAUUCGUUGCGCGUCGGAUCCUGUGGUCCCUGGAGUGGAGGCACAGAAGGAGGUGCCAAAGAGCUCAGGCUCUCCUGCCAAAACCAUCAGGGCUUGAAGGGGUUGGCUGAGACCCGAAAGGGCGCCUGCCUGGAGAUCCCUAGCAGGGCGAGGGCUGAGAAGAGGAGCGGGAGGGCUCCUCUCCUCCGAUGGUCAGCAGCUCCUGCUCUCCGGUGCCGUCUGUUUGUAGCAGCACGAGCUUUGCAAGCACAGCGGCCGAGAGAGAUGGGGCCCCCGAGAGCGAGGGGCAGCAGCAGUAGCCCCCGUUCCUCCCGGUCCAGAUGGGGAGGAGAAGGCAGAGCUGAGCAGGCAGGAAAAGCCAAGGCGGGCAUUGCUUGGGUUCCUUGAGUCGCAGCGCGAUGGAGGCUUUUGCUGCUGCUGCUGCUGCUGGAUCCAGCCCAGUUCUUGGUUGGUUGAAGAGCCUUGGAGGAUCCGUCCGGGGUCCCUGUUAGAAGGGGGAGCGAGAGAGCGAGGGCGAGAGAGAGGAGGCCAUGGACGACCCCACUGGGAGCUGGGGGGCUCCAGUCAACGGCAGCCAGGGCGGCGCCCACCGGGCUCUGAACGCCUCUUGGGGAGAGCAGCAGCAGCAGGGCUCCCGGGAAGAGCAGAGCUACCGGCAUUUCGCCACCGGCGCCCAAGUGGUCAUCUUCCUGGGCUCCCUGAUAGGAAACUUUGUGGUUUUGUGGUCGACUUGCAAGAUGUCAGUUUUUAAGUCAGUAACAAAUCGCUUUAUUAAGAACUUGGCCUGCUCUGGGAUUUGUGCCUGCCUGGUCUGUGUGCCUUUUGACAUUGUCCUCAGUGCUAGUCCACACUGCUGCUGGUGGAUCUACACCAUAGUCUUCUGUAAGAUCAUCAAGUUCUUGCACAAGGUCUUCUGCUCUGUCACCAUCCUUAGCUUUCCUGCCAUUGCUCUGGAUAGGUACUAUUCAGUGUUAUACCCACUGGAAAGAAAGAUAUCGGAUGCCAAAUCUCGUGACCUAGUGAUUUACAUCUGGGCCCAUGCAGUGGUGGCCAGCAUUCCAGUAUUUGCUGUGACUAAUGUGUCAGACAUUUAUGCUAUGUCCACCUGUACUGAACCCUGGAGCUAUUCCAUUGGCCAUUUAGUAUAUGUCAUUAUUUACAACAUUAGCACUGUGAUUUUGCCAGUGUCUGUGGUGUUUCUCUUUAUGAUCCUCAUCCGCAGAGCGCUGAGUGCGAGCCAAAAGAAAAAAGUCAUCAUAGCUGCCUUAAGAACCCCACAAAAUACCAUUUCUAUUCCUUACGCCUCGCAGAGAGAAUCUGAACUUCAUGCCAUGCUGCUCUCCAUGGUUAUGGUUUUUAUCUUCUGCAGUAUCCCUUAUAUGACGUUGGUGAUAUAUCGCACUGUAUUUGAUGCUUCUCACCCAUCUGUGUAUUUGCUUCUCACUGCCAUCUGGUUGCCCAAGAUAUCACUGUUAACCAAUCCUCUGCUCUUCCUGACUGUCAACAAAUCUGUACGGAAGUGUUUGGUAGGGACUAUUGUGCAGUUACAACGCAGGUACAGCCGAAGAAACAUUGUCAGCUCUGGAGCUGCAGUGGAUGCCAACCUGGAGCCACAUGUCCGUUCUGGUAGUCAGCUGCUGGAGAUGUUUCACAUUGGGCAACAGCAAAUUUUCAAGCCCACAGAGGAUGAGGAAGAAAAUGAGACAAAAUCCAUUGGCUCUAACAAUUACCAACAGAAAGAAAUCCCUACCACUAGUUCACAGGUAGCACAUACUUUAGUUCAGAGGCCUGUAUCCCAAGCAGUUGCAGACUCUGCUGCACAGGUGGCACCAGCUAUGCCAACAGAAGCUGAACUGGCCAAUGAAAAGUACUCCAUGCAGCUUGGCUUUGGACCCUUCGAGUUGCCUCCACAGUGGAUGUCAGAAAAUCGGAACAGCAAAAAGCGACUUCUGCCUCCUUUGGGAAAUACUCCAGAGGAGCUCAUCCAGACCAAGCAGACCAAGUGUAAAGCAGACAGAAAAAUUAGCAGGAACAAUAAAGUCAGCAUCUUCCCCAAGGUGGAUUCCUAGUAAGAGGAGGAACUCUAUGGAAUGAGGCAGGACUGUAUUUUCACAUAUAAGUGAUCCUAUGGAUCUUGUUAGGAUGAAUUAAUCUAUUAAAGGCUUAAUUCUUCUUGGUGCCAAUUUAUGUCACACACAAAAAAAACACAUUCCUUAGAAUCAAAUCUUUCUCAACAUUUUUUUCAUUAUGUACAAGGCUAGAUUUUGUUUAACCUCCAGUGAAGCAUUUUGGGCCUUUCCUGUCCCAAAGGUUGCUUCCCUUCUAAGAUCUGUCCCUGUUAAGAUCUUUAAGACUGGUUUAACACAGCAAGUCUGUACCAUUUUUAUAUGUAGAGAAACAUUAUGGUAUCUGCUAUACAGUUAGAGCUCUGGGGAAAGUUAGUCAAUAAAUAUGCAGAUCUCUUGCUUGGAGAUCCAUAAUUCUUUUUACAUUUACACACAAAGCACUGAGCAUCUUUUAGGAUGCGUAGAAAAACUGCAGGCAUCCAGUUGUUGGAUUGCUAUUCCCAUCAGCCCUAGCUAGCAUAGCCAGUGACCAAGAGUGCUGGGAAUUACAUUCAACAACAUCUAAAAGGUUAUACUUGUUUUAGGAGCACUAUAAGACCUGCCAAUUUGGAACAUCUUCUAGCAGCCAGGAUAAAAUAAACACAGAACAUUUCCAUAUAUCAUAAUUUAGCAAAAUCUCACCCUCCUUUUGUUCCUUUGCUUAGAAGUACCUUAAAAGUAUCCUAUCCUGGGAAAAAGAUGAGGUGUACAUUCAAUAAAUAAAUAAUAAAUAGGUAGAUAGGUAUUUGGAACUGCUUUUUGCAGUUGAAACACCUGUGGGAUAAAAAAAUGCAUGUAAGCCCUAAAUACCUUGAAUAUGAAAUACUUUCAUCUGAGGGGCUGACAAUUUAGUAGGCUCAGUAGAACAAAUUUUAACAAAAAUUAUAGGUAGAGCAAUGACUACCUGAAAA